AACCCCAGAGUUUUGCAACAACUUGAUGAGGUUCUGUAAGGGCAAAACAAAGAGAAAAGCUUGCUCAGAUGCACCUAUUUGCCUCCUGAUUAGGGGUUCCAGGAUUUUUUUUUAACUAACAGUUUUUGUAGCCUGAAAAAGUUUGAAAAGCCCUGGCUUAGAAGUCCCAGUGCCUUCAGUUCAGUGAGACUUAUUUCCAGCCUUGCAACUUGAGUAUACUGUAAAGGCUGACCCAAGUUUGAAUCACAGCUCCUGAGUCUGCACCUCUCUUUCUUGCUCCUGCAAAGACACUUUGCCCCAAUAUGUAUGCUGAAAGUGACUGGACGUUUUGGUAGCGACCUCCCUUCGUUGCAGCUGAAGCCCAGGUCAGAUGCAAAAAGAGACUUUCUUGGGCUUUUCCUCUGACCAGCUGUCAUCUGUGUCUUGCAGGUGAUCAAUGGCCUGAUGGAGCGUCCUGACUGGAAGAGUGCUAUCCAGAAGCCGCUCUGCAUUCUCCCAGGAGGCUCUGGGAAUGCUUUAGCUGCUUCACUUAAUCACUAUGCUAGCAAGGGUCAUUUCACAAAGGAAGACCUGUUGAUGAACUGCACGUACUUCUUAUGCAAAGGCCUGCAUGCUCCCAUGGACCUCGUCUCCCUCUGCACGGCCUCAGGCAAGCGUCUGUUCUCCUUUCUUAGCUUUGGCUGGGGUUUUGUCUCUGAUGUGGACAUUACCAGUGAGAGGUACCGCAAAUUGGGUAAUGCUCGCUUUACAGUGGGCACAUUCCAACUCCUUACCUCACUCCAAGUUUACAAGGGCCGUCUCUCCUACCUGCCAGCCGAAGCACAAAGCCCUGCCUCAAGUUCCUUGCCUCCUACAGGGGCCAAUACCUGCCCUUCAGCUCAGCAUCCUCACCAGGUCUCCACUGCUAAUGGGAAAUCACCAGUCCACAUCCUCCCUCCGCCUGCAUCUUCCCUCCCAAAGGAGGACUCUGUGCUGGAAGACUCCUUGUUGGUACCCUUUGAGCAACCAGUUCCCAAGCACUGGACUGUUGCCCCUGACGAGGAGUUUGUCUCUAUAAUUGGCAUCCAUCAGUCCCACCUGGGAGCAGACCUUGUUUUGGCUCCCACAGCCAAGCUGUUUGAUGACGCCAUCCAUCUCUUCUACGUAAGUGCUGGAGUUUCCCGGAUGGGAAUGGUCAAGUUCUUCAUGGCCAUGGACAAAGGGAACCACUUGGCUCUUAACAGCCCUCAUCUCCACUAUGUGCCUGUGAAAGCCUUUCGGCUGGAGCCCCUAGAGCCCAAGGGCUUUAUGACAGUAGAUGGUGAAGUGUUGACAUGUGAGCCAGUGCAAGGACAAAUUCACAACCGACUAGCCCGUAUUAUUAGUGGUUCCUGAGUGAGGAUCAGGAAGAAGCGGUGAGUGUUGGAGAGGGUUUUGUGACACUAUGGAAAGUGAUGGGAUCUCCAAAUACUGCACCUAUUCAAAACACCAUCAACACUGUUGACAGUGAUAAUUCUCAGGGAGAGCUUGUCUUUCUGUGCAACUUCUAAUUGCAAUGCAAACAGCGGGGGAGCUUGUCUUCUGGUAGUAGACGACAUUCUCCCUCAGCUGCUGUGCAGUGAAAGAGGCAGUUUUAGAGUCCCCUUGCUCUGCAUUGCUCUAGCAGAAGGAAAGUAUUCCUUCAAACUAAACCAAAGCCAGUUCCCGCACCCUUCUUUCAAAAUCAAACCCUGCCAUAGCAGAAAACCUAUCAUCCUGAUGUAGUGGCUGUUUGGAUAAAAAUGGCUCAAUCCUAUGCCACUUUGAGGACCAAUUUUAAAAUUUUGUAAGGAGUAUAAAACACAUACAUGCCUAAAGUUGUGUGAUCAUUUAUAUUCCUAUGGAGAAAUGAAAUAAAGAUUUAUUUUGAAAAAGAAAAAAAAGUAAAACUAGAUGUUUGUAAUCUUGAUGCUGUGAUUUUGGAUCACUUUUAUUGGAAGGCAAAGUACUUAAUGUAACAUUUAGCCAACUUUAUCAUUCAACUGCAGAUAGAUAAUUGAAACAGCCCUCCAACUUUCUCCAGUACAGUACACUUCUCCUUCAAUCAGAUGCAUCUUUGAUUACCAAUUCAUAGUUUAUUUGCAUAAAAGUCCAAAGUGGCACCUUUAUGUGGUCAUCUUCCUUGCAUAUAUUCCUGAUUAACAUUUAUAGUACACAUUCCAUCUGACAAACUAAUUAGACUGUUAUAGACGGUUGCCAAAAAUGGAGGGAUAUGCGGCCAGCUUUUUUCC